AUGUGCAUGCGCAAACUCAGAGUGGAUCAUCGCGUAGUGUCAUCCCAAAACGCACAGUUUAAUCCGCAACAAGCCGCGAGAAACGUCAAGGAGCACAUGGAUGAUCCAUGCAGCACAGCCAACAUGUGGGUGCUACUGUCCAGUCUAAGAUGUUUAAAUCACACACCGGCGCCCACGGCACUACCCGCGGGGCCAUCCGGGUACUCCCAUGUAGUGCGGCUGGUGGGGGACAGGGUCAGCAUUGAGACAGGACUCUCAGAAAAGACAGGACGAGGGCAUGACUUCCAGCCCUUCAGACAGACUCAUCCCACCUGGUGUGAUCUUUGUGGAGACUUCAUCUGGGGGCUUUACAGACAGCAGAGUCUGCGAUGCUCCAAAUGCAGCUACACGUGUCACCAGCGCUGUCGGCCAUUCAUCCAACUGGACUGUUGCACAGAUACAGGGGCACCGAUCGACAAGCCAGACUCUCCAAGUGACAGCUUUGAAUCUGACACAAAUGUGGAUGAAAAGGGUGAUUGGGGUCAACAGGAUUUCAAUCACGCAGAGAUUCAACAAAAGAUUAAAGAUUAUAAUUCCCAAAUCAACCACAACCUUCAAAUGGUCAUUCAUAAAGAUGGCUCCUACACUGGCUUCAUCAAGGUGCACUUCCAGUUACUUCGCCCGAUCUCACUGCCCCCACCUCACAGCCAGUGGGACAAGAGGACAAGGCGGCGCACAUCUUUUUAUCUUCCCAAAGACACUGCUAAACAACUGCACAUAAGUUCACAAACACAAGUCCAAGAAGUCAUCGUGGCCUUGCUCAACAAGUUCACUGUGAUGGACAACCCAGCUAAAUUUGCUCUGUUCGAGCGGACUGAGAGACAAAACCAUGUGUUAAUGAGGAAAUUAUGUCAGGAUGAGCGGCCCCUGUACUUGCGUUUGUGUGCCGGCCCCAGUGAAAAAGUCCUCAGUCUUGUUUUGAAAGAGAAUGAAACUGGGGAAGUGGAUUGGGACGCAUUUAGCUAUCCUGAAUUGUGCAACUUCUUGAGAAUUCUGCAGCGUGAAGAAGAGGAGCAUGUUCGACAUAUUAUGGAGCGAUAUACACUCACUCGAGACAGGAUGGGGCUUGCCAUAGCCAAACGCAGCUCUAUGUUCUUUGAUGAAGACGGAGACUUGGCGCAUGAGUUUUAUGAAGAAACGAUUGUGACAAAGAAUGGCCGGAAAAAGGCCAAGCUCAAACGAGUUCAAAAGAAUCUUACACCUCAGGGAAUUAUUAAGCUGGAUCACCCAUGCAUUCAUAUUGUCUGUGGAAACUUGUGCCACCACGACGGAACAGAGAAAGCAGACUGGGAGCAUACAUGGAGCUUUAUCUUAACAUUGUUGUUCUCCUGUCUUGUCCAUGGAUCACUGUCCUGUGCUCAGCUGACCCAAAGCAGACAAGAUGGCCAUUAUAUUCAAAGAAGCCUCUUCUUCUAG